AUGAAACAAGAUGUGGAUGAGAAGGUGUUGAUAGAUAUCAUUGGCAGAGGUAGAAAUAUACUCUCCUAUAGAGAGGGAUAUUGGUGGGCGAAUGGUUAGGCUAAUCGACUUUGUCCUAGAGGAUGCAAGUGAGAAUCAACUACACUGCACAGUUUGGGAUGGUCAUGUGGAUGAGCUGCUUCCUUAUUUCAAUUCUACUUCAGUUGAGCAAGUUGUUCUAUUGUUGCAGUUAUGCAUACCUAGGUUUCUAGACAGUGACGAAGUCAGAAUUUCCAGUUCAUUUGAUGCGACAAAGUUAUGGUUUCAUCAUAAGAGACCACAGUUUACUAACUUUAAUUUGUGAAGAGUUUGCCUACUGUCUAUACUCCUAUAAGGAGAACUCAAUCUCAGUCUAGGCUGUAUUCAGUGAAGAAGGAAAGAGGAUCAUCAAGUGUGGAGUUUGUUGUCUCUACGAUUAAAAGUGUUUAUGCAAUGGAAGAGUUAGGAGAGUUCUGGAUAGCUUGUAAGACCCUUGGGGUUGAGUCAUUAGAGCAAUGGUAUUACAUUUCCUGUGGACAAAACACUUGCUACAAGAAGGUAGUCCCAAUAAAUGGUUUGCUACACUGUAAGAAGUGUGGUAGAGAUUGGAAAGAAGGUAUUGUUAGGUACAAGGUUCUGUUGCGUGUCAAGGACAAGUCAAUGGAUGUUCCAAUAUUGUUGUGGGAUAGGGAAGUGGCAGAGCUGGUUGGUGUGUCAGCAGAAAAUCUACUUAAGAAAUAUGGGGUGGAAUAUGAGGGUAUUCCUCUUGAGUUGCUGGCUCUUACAAACAGGAAAAUGCUCUUGAAGAUUAAGAUGAAGAAGCAGCAGGUUUAUGGUCUGCAAGUCCCUUUUACUGUGAUUGCUAUUGAUAGGGGAAGUGAUGCAAUAGCUAAAUUUUGUGGUGAUCUUGAGGGUGACGGUGUUGUUGGAGUUGGUUCACCUUUACUGGAUGAUGAGGGCAGUGUUAUGAAUACAGAUGAGGAUUUCUUUGUUGGGCAUGAUGUAGUCAAUUUGGGGGAUGAUUAUGAAGAUGUAGUUGAGGUGAAUGAUGGUUAGUUAUUGCCUGGAAAUGGUGGAGAUGAUUUGGCUGAUGUUCCUUUAGGUCAGGAAUCUGAAAAUGGUUUACAGAAUGCUAUACCACAUUCUGUUAAGAGGUGUCUGCGGGAAGAUUUCACUAAUGUUGUGGUUCCUAAAAAGCGAAGGACUUUGGUCAUCAAGGAAGAAGAUGUUUAGUUUGUUUGUUUUUACUGGGUGUAAGGUUUCAUGUGCUUAUUCUACUACUAUGUGUUAUUCUAAAUUACUCUAAAAUCUGUGCCUAGGAUAUCUGCAUUGUGCAGCUAUUUAACUAGGCUAUUUUGUAUCUGGACUGAUCCUAUGUUA